AUGACGGGGAAGGUUCCCUCAUUCUCCCCUGGCUCCACAGUGAGCUCCGCUCUGCCCGGCUACGUCGCUCUCUGCCUCACUCUACAGGUUCACAGGCUGGUGUCAGCACAGUUCACAGUGACUGGACCUGACCAUCCAGUCACUGCCUCCUUAGGGGGUGAGGCCAUCUUGCCCUGCCACCUCUCCCCCAGGAUGAGCGCUGAGAACAUGGAGGUGAGAUGGUUCCGAUCCAUGUACUCUGAAGUCGUGCAUCUGUACCAUGAUGGGCAGGACCAGUAUGGAGAGGAGAUGCUGGAAUAUCGAAGAAGAACUGUGCUCUUGAAAGAUGACAUCACCAAUGGGAGAGUUUUCCUGAGAAUACGCAAUGUCCGACCCUCCGAUGAUGGGCAGUACACAUGUUUUUUUCAGUCCGGUGUCUCUUAUGAAGAAGCUUUAUUGGAACUGCAGGUGGCAGAUAUGGGCUCUGCUCCUGUCAUCUCUGUGGUGGGACAUCAGGACGGAGGGAUCCGGGUUGUGUGUCGAUCAUCCGGAUGGUACCCACAGCCCAAGGCUCAGUGGAAAGAUCACCAGGGGCAGAUCUUACCAUCGGCCUCUGAAGAAAUAACCCCAGAGGCCAAUGGCCUGUUUCAAACAGAAAUUUCCAUUGUUCUAACAGAAGAGUCCAACCAGAAAGUGUCCUGCUGUGUCAGGAACCCCCGACUCAACCAGGAGAGAGAAUCAGUGAUUUCAAUAGCAGAGCUGUUUUUCCCAAGGGUCAAUCCCUCGAAAGUGGCUCUGUGGGUGAUCCUGGCUCUCCUGGCUGUUCUCAUGGCCCUGGCUGGUUACUGCUUCUGGAGGCGACACCGAGCAACAGAGAUUCUGCGAUCUGAGAUGGAGAGCGAGAAAGAGACCCUGCUGUCUGAACGGGAACGAGAGAAAGAGACCCUGCAAGCUGCGAUGAAGAGGCAGAAAGGGGAAUACGAGGCAGUGAAAGAACUGGGACUCGCCAGAGCCCGAGGAUACGCAGUGGACGUGACUCUGGAUCCAGACACGGCAAAUCCCAACCUCGUCCUGUCUGAGGAUCAGAAACAUGUGAGCCACGGAGCCUGGGAUCUGUCCAACAAGUCUGAGGGAUUUGAGCAUGAUAUCUGGGUCCUGGGCGCUGAGGGGUUCACGGGCGGGAGGCGUUACUGGGAGGUGGAGGUGGGAGGCAAGAUAGGCUGGUACCUGGGGGUUUGUAGGGAAUCUGUGAGCAGGAAGGGGAAGGUCACACUCACACCUGUGAAUGGAUACUGGGUUGUGUGGCUGAAGGGUGGGGUAUACCAGGCCCUCACCUCCCCCUCUACCUCCCUCCCCGUGAGCAUCAAGCCCAGCCGGGUGGGGAUUUUCCUGGACUAUGAGGCAGACGAGGUCUCAUUUUACAAUGUGACUGACAGGUCCCUUCUCUUCACUUUCACUGACACCUUCUCCGGGACGCUCCGCCCUUAUUUCAGUCCUGGUUACUAUGAUUGGGGUACAAACGCGGAUCCUCUGAAAAUCUGCCCAGUCCCAGCUCAGGCCGGAGGGAAUCUCUCUUCCUGA